AAGGCUCAGCAGCGGCAGCAGCAGCAGCGCCAGUGGCGGCAGCAGCGUCAACGCAUCUGCGCGUCUCCGAACUGCCUUGUCUCGGGCCAAUCAAUCCCUCAGCCCCGUUACCGAUUGAGAUUUAACAGCGGCUUUGGAUCUUAACGAGCCUUCUCCAUCCUCGUCGACAGCUCGGCGUCAGCCCCCUUUCGCCUGACUACCGGUUCCGUUUAUAUCUACCGAGUUUCUUGAAUUUUUAAUGGAAAAUGGCGAUGUUUGCUCAGUCCCCCGGUCUGUUCUGCCUCCUCUCCGUUCAAACUGUGCUGCUCCUCAGCCUCUCCUCACCGGGAACGGCGACGCUCCUCUUCCCUCAGCACUACACGAUGAUGCACUGGGCAGGUCGCAUAGAGAAGGAACUGGAGAAGGUGCUGCAGCUUGUCACUGGAGUCCAGCAAAUGAAAGGAAUUUAUAUUGACAAGAGAAAUCAUUUCGGUGUGGAGCGAAAUACACCCAAGCAGCUGGUGGAGAAGGUGGCAGGAGACAUCGCCCGACUGCUCAACAGGAAACGCAAAGCUCUGGAGAGAUUGGCUAAAGAAGCUGAAGAUAUCCAACGAGAGCAUUCAUGGCAAGAUGCAAUCAAAGAAAAUGACAUCCAGUACUACGACUCCAAAGCUGACUCGGAUGUUCCGGAUGAUGAUGAUGGAGAAAAUCUCUUGGAAAACCCAAACUCUCUUUCUUUGGAGUUUGUAGACGAUCCCAACUUCAAGAAUAAAGUCAACUACUCAUAUACAGCCGUACAGAUUCCUACUGACAUCUAUACAAAGGCUGUGAAAGGAUCUCCCACGAUUCUGAAUGAGCUAAACUGGACUCAGUCUCUGGAGAGGGUCUUCAUUGAAAACAGUCGUGAGGAUCCUUCGCUGCGCUGGCAGGUUUUCGGCAGCGCCACCGGAGUCACCAGAUACUACCCAGCCACAAAGUGGAGAGCACCCAACAAGAUUGACCUGUAUGAUGUGAGGAGACGCCCGUGGUACAUUCAGGGAGCUUCUUCUCCAAAGGACAUGGUCAUCAUCGUGGACGUGAGUGGCAGUGUCAGUGGACUGACCCUGAAGCUCAUGAAAACGUCUGUCAUCGAGAUGCUGGACACACUUUCUGAUGACGACUACGUAAAUGUGGCUCGGUUCAAUGAGAAGGCGUACGCCGUGGUGCCGUGCUUCACCACGCUGGUCCAAGCCAACAUUAAAAACAAGAAGAUCUUCAAAGAGGCUGUGAUGAACAUGCAAGCGAAGGGGACGACGGACUACAAGACCGGCUUUCAGUUUGCCUUUGACCAGCUGUUAAACGAGACCAGCGCUCCGAGAGCAAACUGCAAUAAGAUGAUAAUGAUGUUCACGGACGGCGGCGAGGAUCGCGCUCAGGACAUCUUUGAGAAAUACAACUGGCCAAACAAAACAGUGAGAGUUUUCACAUUCUCGGUGGGGCAGCACAACUAUGACGUCACUCCUCUGCAGUGGAUCGCCUGUGCCAACAAGGGUUACUACUUUGAGAUCCCUUCUAUCGGAGCCAUAAGAAUCAACACACAGGAGUAUUUGGAUGUUCUUGGACGGCCGAUGGUGCUGGCAGGCGAACGGGCUAAACAAGUGCAGUGGACCAACGUUUACCAGGAUGCUCUGGGUUUGGGUCUCGUCAUUACAGGCACAAUGCCAGUCUUCAAUCUCACCACUGACGGGGACUCCAAAAACCAGUUGAUUCUUGGUGUCAUGGGUGUAGACAUCGCCCUCAGUGAAAUUAAAGAACUCACACCAAGAUAUAAGCUUGGAGCCAAUGGUUACACGUUUGCCAUCGAUCCCAAUGGUUAUGUGCUGCUGCACCCCAACUUACAACCUAAGAUCAUUAACUUCAGAGAGCCUGUCACAUUGGACUUCUUGGAUGCUGAACUUCCAGACCGCAACAAGGAGGAGAUCCGCCGUCUAAUGAUUGAUGGCAGAGCAGGACAGAGGAGAAUCAAGACUCUGGUGAAGUCUGCCGAUGAGCGUUACAUUGAUGAGGUCCAGAGGACGUACAUAUGGAGUCCAGUGGAGGGCACAGAUUACAGUCUCGGUUUAGUUCUGCCGGCUUACAGCGAAAACCACAUCAAGGCCAACCUGAGCGACCAGAUCCUCCAGGUCCAGUACGGAUCAAACUUCAAGGAUUUUGAGUCUCUCCUGCCAAACACUUUUGAGUCAGAGGGACAUGUGUUCAUUGCCCCCAGGGAAUACUGCAAAGAUCUGGAGCUGUCCAACAACAACACAGAGUUCCUGCUCAACUUCAUCGCUCUGAUGGAGAAGGUCACACCGGACUCCAAACAAUGCGACAAUUUCUUGCUGCAUAAUCUGAUCCUGGACACGGGCAUCAUCAAAGAGCUGGUAGAUAAAGUCUGGAAGAACAAGGACCUCAACACGUACGGCUUUAUGGCAGUCUUUGCAGCCACAGAUGGAGGCGUCACUCGAGUUUUUCCUAAUAAGGCCUCUGAGACUUGGGAGGAAGAUCCAGAGCCGUUUAAUGCUAGUUAUUACCGUCGCAGUCUGGACAACAAGGGCUACAUCUUCAGAGCCCCCUACCGCACCACUAAUGAUGACAUACUGAAUCCAGAGAAUGACACCAUUGGCAUUCUGGUUAGCACUGCAGUGGAUGUUACCGUAGGAAGCAGAACCCUCAAACCAGCAGUUUUGGGUGUGAAGCUUGAUCUUGAGGCUUGGACGGACAAAUUCAAGAUCCUGGCGAGCAACCACACCAACAGCAACCGACAGAGCUCUCAAACGUGUGGACCCACCAGUGGCUGUGAAAUGGACUGUGAAGCCAACAGUGAUGACUUGCUUUGUUACCUGAUAGAUGACGGCGGCUUCCUCGUCAUGUCUAAUCAGAAAGACUACUUGAAUAAGAUCGGGAUGUUCUUUGGUGAGGUCGAUGCCACCCUCUUUUAUGCCCUCUAUAACAACUCCUUCUACAAACGCAAGCAGUCUUACGACUAUCAGUCGGUGUGUGACCCCGUACCCAGCAGCAACACAGGGGCCGCCCCGCGAGGAGUGUUUGUGCCCACUAUUGCUGAUGUGUUAAAUGUUGCCUGGUGGACAUCCGCGGCCGCCUGGUCACUGCUGCAGCAGAUGCUGUAUGGAUUCGCCUAUCAGAGCUGGUUCAUGACAGAUGAGGUGGAUGCUGAAGGAAUGGAGUCUAGAGAGACCAGCUGUGUGACGGUACAGACGCAGUUUUACUUCAGUAACAUCAGCAGCUCCUACAACAUACUGCAGGACUGUGACAACUGCUCCAGAUUAAUUCACGCUAGGAGAAUAAACAACACCAACCUGCUGUUUGUUGUGGCUGAAAAACUCUCCUGCGACUCCUGUGAAAUAGAGAAACUGUCUCAGAUGGAGACAGAAUACAAAGAAACGAAUACAUGCGAGACAAUAGCCACAGCUCGGUAUAGAAAAGGAACUACGACCUGUUUCGACUACAGUGUUUUCGAGAACACAUCAGACUGUGGGCGGGGUCACUCGUUCCGCCCUUCCCUCCUCACUUUACUCCUCCUCCAGCUCCUCCUCCUGUGUAUUCUGGCCCGCCCGUCUGUUUAACUCCAUCCUCCUGUCCUCCUCUCCCUCCUUCUCGUCUCCUUAAUUCCGCAUUUCUCCUUUAUCUCCCCGUUGCUCUAGUCAUAGGUAAUAUAAAGGGACUUCCUCCUGCCCUUAUACGGAAGCCCAGUCGUACUGCUUCAUCCACUUAGCUUCACAGGUUGUUGCUUAGUGACCGUUGCAGAACUUUGUCGUCUCCUGCCAAUCAAGAGCAUUUGUGGGAGGAGCUAAAAGUGUCUUUACGAAAACAGGAAGCUAGCGACGGGAAAACCGACGGCCGUUUUGGACCAACGAAGAAAUGGUGGAAAAUGACACGGACUGUUCCCUCCUGCCUUUGCGGGCGAAAAGGGGGUCGGGUUUCGUUUGACUCCGCCUCUAAAGGGGAAAGGUCAUCCUCAUCAUCCUCAUCUUCAUCCUGCAACCCGUGUUGCGUGGCUACGGGACAUUCUGACGCCGUCUAGCUUCCGGUAAUAAGAAAAUAACUGAAUAAGAGCAGAACUUAAAAAAUAUCAAUGACAACAUGCGAGUAUUAAAAACAUACCUCCAUAUAUUAGGGUAUUUAAUGAGAAAGGGAAGAUGAUAGAUGUUAUUUAUUCAAUUAUCUUUUAUUUAUGCACUAUAUCUACUUCUUGCCAAAAUGAGACUUGUUGUGUGGUUUAACUUUUUUAGCCAAAUUAGGAGGUAAGAAAACCACAAUGUCAUGAGAAAGUCGUGAAAUUAAGGAGGUAUCACACCAUUCCUUCAUCAGUCACAAGGGCUUCAUAUGUUUAUUAUUUCUACUUAUAUCACAACCCUGAUCCCAUUAGGUUAGGCUUUUUAUUUGUGUUUAUUAUUUUUAUCACAAGGUAAGCUACGUAUAUUAAUGCCUCAGUAAUUUAAUAUUUGCAGCUAAUAUGUAAUAGCGUCUGUUCAUUUUUAAAGGACUAGUUCACCCAAAAAUGUCAAUUUUGUGCAUUUUAUUCACUGUACCAAACCCGUAUGCUGACAUUUUUAAGAAUCAGGAUAGUGAUCAUUAUUUCCAGCUCCAAAAAAAGUAUCGUAAAAGUCCCAUAAAAGCAGUCCAUAUGACGUUUUCCUAUCGUAUGGCUUCGGUAGACUUGGAAUAUCGCACAUAAAUCAUAUGGACUACUUUUAUUUCCUUCUUUUUUUAGAGCAUAGACAUGGUCACUGUGAACUGAAAAUUACUGAACGAAAACAUUUAGGUGAACUGUUCCUUUAAAUAAGAUGAGAUGUGCUAACGAAGAGAUCUCUGAUGGAUAGAAAUGCAGUUUGCGUGUUUUUAGCGAUGAUAUCUGUUUGCAGUCUCUGUAAUUCUGUGCUGUACAGUUUUUCACGAUCUCAGAAUGUCGAUCACAUAUUGCAUCGAAUCAUGUCACAUCUUGUUUGCACCAUUAUUUGCACUGAUGGAUUUGUCUGUGAAUAGUAAUAGUAACCAUGAACCAUGAUUCAUUUUUUUAUAUAUACUUAAAGCCCUAAACAUACUCAAUGCAAACAUUUCUAGAUACAUAAGGUGGCUUUAGCUGCAAUUGAAGCAUCUGCUUGCAUACUUGUAUAGAGUAUGUUUCUGGCCUCAGUAUCUGUCAUGUUAUGUUUGAAAGUUAAUGCGAUGAAACUUAAGCAAAAACCCUUGUUCUGGGCCCUGAAUCAACCUUCUUUUAGCUGUGCCUUGAUGCACUUUUAUAUUGGACGGCAUUGAUCAUACAGCUUCACCAUCACUCAGCUUAAUGCAGUAAAAGUCUUUCACGGGCCUUAAAACUCACAGGUUGUGUUCAACAGAGUAUACUAUCAUACUGCGUACUAUAUUCUUCAUGCAGUUUUUAAAAAAUACUCAAUGUUCAGUAAUGAACUGGACACAUGAUUGCUUGGAUGACUAACAAAAAUUAUAUGUAAAAUAUGACCCUUUUUUGCCUAUUGCUAAAAAUAUACCCAUGCUACUUAAGACUGCUUUUUGUGGUCCAGGGUCAAAAAUAAGCAUUGCAAUAAAUGUAAUACAAUAUUUACCAUGUUUAGUCGUGGACAAGUUGAGUGCAUUGCAUUGUGGGAUACUGUAUUCAGCAUUCCAUGUAUUAUAAUGCAUAUUAUGACAAAUGUAGUUGCUCAUAAAGCAGAAAUCGUAUGGUUAGUACGCUAGUAUGCUAUUCCGAACACAGCCGGUGCCUCCAAACAUCAUAAUCUGAUUGAUAUAAGGGAAUGCGAUUUAUUUUUUUAAUUUAGAGUAUUAUUGAGCCGCAGCGUUUGCCAUAACCCUCAACUCCAUCCCUGCAGUGUACACAAAGCACAUCGACAAGCACCUUAAGCAUUUAUUUUGUCAGUAAACGGGGCUAAAUCUAAACCUCACUGACUGAUUCUCAGUUGCACAUUAGGCAUUUUACUGGCCAUCACCUUCAAUGCUCCUUUAAAGCUCUUUGGCAAGACGAACAGCCCAUCGUUUUUAGGACCGUCUUUGUAAGAGCUUUUCACACAUUCAGUUGCUACCGAGUUUUGGGAAAGUAGGUGUUGGGGUUGAACUGACUGCUUUACAUAACCUCAGUCCAUCUCUGGCUUCACAAAUAUGGGAAUGGCUUUACAGCUGUAGUUUAUUUGUUCAGUAUACAAAGUGAGAGUUUAUUUAAGGUUUGCCGGCGGCUGAGCAAGUGAAUCUGUGUUUGCCGUUAUGUGACAUAACUGUGAAAAUAGAUGAUUUUAUGAGAAGUAUUUUGAGAGUAUUGUCAGUUGUUGGUGUUGAAGGAAUGAUCUGUGUCAAACGAAUGUUACAUAUCUGUCCGUCUCGAGGCAAAAUCUGUUUUAGUCGCCUGUGCAAUUUUAAAAGACAGCACUUAACAUGUUAAAACAUUCCCUCUAGCUGUCUGUUCAAAGAGUUUGUUUGCCGGAAAUGAUCAUUUAUUCACCCUCAUGUUGUUUUAAACCUGUAUGACAUUCAUUCAUCUGAAAGAAACUUGUAUGACAUAAGGGUGAGUAAAUGAGAAUUCAUUUUGGGUGAUGUGUUAUUUAUUUCUCGUUUUAUUAUCUGUCAGGAUGUCACAUUUUAUACAACUUAUUUGAGAGGUGAAAAUGCAUGUGUGAUGCUAGUGGACAUGAUUCUUACGUCACUCGGUUUGUUUGUCAUCCACCUUCAGAACUAAUUGGUUAUAAAGAAAAUGAGGUUUAAAUGUUAAGCAUCAUUCUGUACAUAUCACUAAUAUUGAACUUGAAUGCAAUCCUCAUCCUGACACUAUCACAUAUGACUCCUGUUUAUAACCCACAUCCUGAUUGGAUUUAUGUAUCCAACUGCAGUAUGAAUAUAUAGUUUAGACCCCAUUGAGACCCAAUUACUGAAAUAUAAGUGCAAGGUCAUAUGUGGUACUGUAAACAGACAAAAAAAAAAGUUUUAAAAAGACUGUUUAUACUUCAGUAUGAUGUGUGAAGUUUAAGGGAUUGUUCACCUAAAAAUUCAACAUUAAAAAAAUAAAUAAAUAAAAAUCAUCACUUACCCCCAAGUUUUUCCAAACCCAGUUCUAGGCAAAAUAUAAGUGUGUUUCCAUAAAAAUAUAGCAAGCAGGGGCUUUAAAGCUCCUAAAAGGACAUAAAUGCUCAAUAAUAAUAUCAUAAAGGCUAUCCAUAUGGCUUGUGCACUGUAUUAUUAGUUAUUCAUUCAAAAAGAAAAAUAAUAAUCCUCUCUAAAAUGGUUUGUAAUGACGUGAGAGUGAGUAAAUGAUGACAUAAUGUUAAUUUCUGGGUGAACUAUCUCUCUAACUCACAAACUUCAAUGUCGAAACAUGUUAAAUGGCUAAUGUGUACCUCUUUCUUUGCCUGAUUAUGGAAACAAUCUGCAAUUUUACUUCAUAUCAGGGCAAAGAGCGUUCCGAAAGGUGGAAUAUGCCUUGUUCUUUAUUCUGGUGAGUUGUUUUAAAACUUUGCCACACUUUUUUUGAAUUCUUGUAGUUUAUUUUUUGGGGGGGAAAGUGUUUUUGUCUUAAAACUGGAACACUGUCGAUGUACAGGGGCACUGAACUGCCCAAAUUAGGGAAACACAUUUUGGCAAGACACUGCGAUUAAAUGAUCAUGAAUGUGUCGGUCUUGUGUCACAAUUCCAAGUACACUGUGGAACAAAAGUCCUUGUUUUUAAGUGGUCUGAAAGAUUUGCUUUUGCCAAAAAAAAGGAGAAAAAAAAAAAUAGUAUUCAAAAAGAAAAGCUCAAAAGAGGAAGCAGCUUGCGCAAGGGGAGGGGCUCGAUGUAUAACCCGCCCACUGGGAGGAGUCAUUAGCUCAGACCCUCCCAUAGCUCCUCCCCCUCCAAAGCAACAUCAUUGUAGGCGCGUUUCCAUCAGCGAGACGUGUGUAUGUGAUUACGUAGUCUUUAGUCUGGUGCUCCGUGACAAAUGUGUACAAAAAAAUAUAUAUUAAAAAAAAAACGUACAAAGGAGAAACUGAAUUUAACAUGAGUGAGGUUUUAAAAUGUAUUAACGAUUAAAAAAAAUAGAAACACAGUACUGCUGAUAAUACUCAUGAGUUGAGGUCUGAAAUCAUGGUGAGCGUUUUUCUUUCGUUCGUUUAUUGGAUUGUGUGUUGGGGGCUCAGUGCCUCGUCUCUGGGUCCAUGUUGCUCCAUUUUUUUGUACAGACAACAAAAAAAAAGACAAGGGAAAAUUUGUAAAAUAUUGUGUCUGUGACUCCUUGUAAAAUAUUUUCAAAUUGUUUAUUACAGAGAAUCAGUUAUUAAAUAAUGUUCAUAUUUUUCACUUCA